AUGUUCCUUGUCAACCAUACAGAAGUAACAGAGUUCAUGCUCUUAGGAUUUAGGAGCCACCAUAUUUUGACCUUGGUUCUAUUUGUUCUGUUCCUUAUGAUCUACAUCUUGACGUUGGUGGAGAACCUGCUGAUUAUUAUAUUGGUGGCAAAUGUUCCAAGUUUGAAAUCUCCCAUGUACGUCUUCCUCACUCAGCUAUCAACAUCUGAUAUCCUGCUCACCACAAAUAUAGUUCCUAAUACUCUCCAUGUCAUAAUUAAUGAAGGAAGCAGAAUAUCUGUUACCGGAUGCAUCACACAGCUUUACAUUCACUGUGUUUUAACUGCUGCUGAAUGUUUUCUUCUCACUGUGAUGUCCUUCGAUAGAUAUUUAGCCAUUUGUCGCCCGUUGCAUUAUACCUCUGUUAUGCAUCUCAGGCUUCAACUCCAACUCAUUAUUUUGUGUUGGCUUUCAGCAUUUCUUAUCAUAUUACCAAUCAUUCUGUUAAUGAACAAUUUAGAGUUUUGUGGUCCUCAUAUAAUUGACCAUUAUUUCUGUGAUCUCGCACCUGUGCUGGAACUGUCGUGUUCGGAUUCUACCAUUGUGGAACUUGUAGAUUUCUCUUUAGGAGUCCAAUUUGUUUUUCUACCUUUUUUCUUUAUCAUUUUCACGUAUAUCUAUAUUUUUAUCACCAUCAUUGGAAUUUCUGGAACCAUCGGCAGACAGAAAGCCUUCUCCACCUGCAGCUCACAUUUGAUAGUGGUGUGUACGUACUAUGGAACUCUAAUAAUGGUCUAUAUAUUUCCUUCUAAUGGACAAACGUCAAAUUAUAAUAAGAUAAUCUCUCUUCUAUAUACAAUGGGAACUUCAUUUGUUAAUCCAAUUAUCUACAGUUUGAAAAAUAAAGAGAUUAUGAAGAAUCUACUGAAAUAUCUUACAAAUAUUCUUCAAAAGAAUUAA